AUGGCCUUUGAUAAUGAGGAGAUUAUCCUGUAUUACAUGUACAUAGAAUCACAUAGUCAUGGUCCCAAAGCAAAGAAGGUCUCUACCUCUCCCAAAGCCAAAGCCAAAGUUAAAGUUUUGAAGGUCAAGAAAGUGGUGCUAAAAGGACUCCAUAGUCACCAAAAAUAAAUAAAUAAGUGAAUACAAAUUCAUGCAUCACUCACCUUCCCAUGGCCCAAGACACUGCAUUUCAGAAGGCAGUCCAAAUAUCCUCAAAAGAGCACCCCCAGGAGAAACAAAUUUGACUGUUAUGCUGUAAUCAAGAUCCCAUUGACUACCGAGUCAGCCAUGAAAAAAACAGAAGACAAUACACUUGUGUUCACUCUGGAUGUCAUGGCCAAGAAACAUCAAGUCAAACAGGCUGUGAAGAAGCUCUAUGAGAUUGACAAGGACAAAGUCAACACCCUGAUAAGGCCCAAUGGAAAGAAGGCAUAUGUUUCACUGGCUUCUCACCAUGAUGAGUCAGAUCUUGCCAACAAAAUCAAGAUCAUUUAA